AGUGACGUAACACAUGGGCGUGUUGUCAUAGCUGUGUCCUGUAAAAUCUCUCUAUAUAGUACUUAUUUCUUCCAAAUCAAGAUAUGUUAGUGUUGGUGGAGGACAGCAACAUGGAAUUAGAUUUUACCACAAAGUAAACAUUCUUGACAAAACCCCGAAAUGACCAGUGAUUCAGAGAAAGAGAGGUGAUCAUUUGAUUGCAAUUGGGAAGAAAUGAGGAAAAUAUUAUGUGGAAAUUCUCAAGUCACCCCUGAUCUAUUCCUGGAAACACCCCUGGUUCCGCCCCUGACCUCCCUUUCGUCAGCGAGAGCCAGCUCCAUCCCUCAGAAGACCCAGAGGCGCAGCAGCGGAAGCGACAGUGCUGCCAGGCCCCGGCCGUUGCGCUUAGCCCCCAGACCAGGCUCCAGCAGAGGCAGCAUGGAGGUGGGCAUGCGCGUGGUGCGUGGCCUGGACUGGAAAUGGGGAAACCAGGAUGAUGGUGAGGGCCAUGUGGGCACCGUGGUGGAGAUAGGCCGGCAGGGCAGCACUACUACGCCAGAUAAGACAGUGGUGGUGCAGUGGGACAGCGGCACACGAACCAACUACCGCACUGGCUACCAGGGUUCAUAUGACCUGCUGCUUUAUGAUAACGCUCAAAUCGGCGUACGCCACUCCAAUAUCAUCUGUGACAGCUGCAAGAAGCAUGGCAUCAUGGGGAUGCGAUGGAAGUGCAAGGUGUGCUUCGACUAUGACCUGUGCACCCAGUGUUACAUGAACAACAAGCAUGACUUGAGCCAUGCUUUUGAGCGUUACGAGACUGCGCACUCCCAGCCAGUGAGCUUGGCACCGAGGCAGAACCUCCCACGGAUCAUCCUCAAAGGAAUCUUCCAGGGGGUUAAAGUGGUUCGUGGACCUGACUGGGAUUGGGGCAACCAAGACGGCGGGGAGGGUAAGGUUGGGAAGGUAGUGGACAUUCGCGGCUGGGACACAGAGUCUGGCCGCAGCGUGGCCAGUGUCACCUGGUCUAAUGGCACCACCAAUGUCUACCGAAUGGGACACAAGGGCAAGGUAGACCUUAAAUAUGUGUCUGACGGCCAAGGAGGCUUCUAUUACAAAGACCAUCUACCAAAACUGGGAGAGCACGCAGAGUUGCAGCGCCAGGAGAGUGCUGACGGCCACUCCUUCCAGCAGGGUGACAAGGUCAAAUGUCUCUUGGAAGUGGACAUCCUGCGACAGAUGCAGGAGGGCCACGGAGGUUGGAACCCCAAAAUGGCAGAGUACAUUUGUCGGAUUGGGACUGUUCAUAGAAUCACUGACCGAGGAGAUGUCAGAGUGCAGUACAGCAACAACAUCCGCUGGACUUUCCAUCCUGGGGCGCUCACCAAGGUGAACACUUUUGGAGUUGGUGAACUAGUAAGAGUACUCGAGGACAUGGAGAGUGUGAAGCGGCUGCAGGCUGGCCAUGGAGAGUGGACAGACAGCAUGGCUCCUGUACUUGGCCAGGUUGGGAAGGUGUUGAAAGUAUAUGCGGACGGCGACCUGCGGGUGGCAUUUGGAGGCCAGACAUGGACGUUCAACCCAGUGUGCCUCUCGGCCCAGCCUGUGGAGGUGGACGCCAACCUCAUGACAGCCGAGAACCCCAGCGACUCUGGAAGCACUGUCAUCUCAGUGUUGGAGAAGCUGCUGUCUCAGUCCACAGAGCAGGACAAUCCCAGUCGGCUCGUCAUCGAAGCAGCACACGGCAGUGCCAACAAAGUGCGGGAGUUGGUGCAGAAGUAUCCUGACAAGGUGGAUAUAAAGAAUCAAGGCAAGACUGCACUACAGGUGGCUGCUCACCAAGGCCACAUGGAAGUGGUGAAGGCCCUGCUGCAGGCCAAUGGCUCUAUCGAGGUCAAGGACGAAGAUGGAGACACAGCAUUGCACUACACUGCCUUCGGUAAUCAGGCAGAGAUUGCACGGCUGCUGUUGAGCAAGGGGGCAAAUGUCAACCUCUUGAACAACUCCAUGUGCACGGCACUCCAUAUUGCCGUCAACAAGGGCUUCACUGAUAUGGUGCGAAUGCUGACCGAACAUUCGGCUGACGUCAAUCUCCAGGAUUCAUAUGGGGACACACCGCUCCAUGAUGCUAUCGCUAAAGAUUUCCGCAGUAUCAUCGAGAUCCUGGUCCUGGUGCCCAACAUUGACUUCACCCAGCAGAACCACAGAGGCUUCAACCUGCUGCACCAUGCUGCCCUCAAAGGAAACAAGCUGGCCACAGAGAAGAUCCUGGCCCGAGCACGGCAGCUGGUAGAUGUUAAAAAGGAGGACGGCUUCUCCGCACUGCAUCUGGCUGCCCUCAACAACCACCGUGAUGUGGCAGAGAUCCUCAUCAAAGAGGGACGCUGUGACAUCAACAUCCGCAACAACCGGAACCAGACGCCACUGCAGCUUGCUGUGACGCAGGGCCACACCGACCUGGUGCAGCUGCUGGUGGCCGAGGGUGCCGACGUCAACAUGGAGGACGAGGACGGCGACACGGCCAUGCAUGUGGCCCUCCUCCGCCCACAGCUGGCUAAUGUCAUGCUCAGCCCCGCCGUGGGAACCAGCAGCACCGAGGAGAGCAGUGAGGGGUGCUCCUCCACAUCGUUCUAUGGCAGGCUGAGUGCUUCAGGUCUUCUGGGGAAUACUGAGCUGAGUGUUGGCGCAGCCAUCGCUUGUUUUCUAGCGCAGGAAGGAGCUGACAUCAACUACGCCAACCACAAGGGCAAGAGUCCCCUGGACCUGGUGGCAGACAGCAGCAUGCUGCAGCUCAUCAAGAGCUUCUCUGAGAAGCACAGCUGUAUGUUGUCUGUCAGAUUGCAGCGUCUGCAGGCCAUCACAUGUGGACAGGGCCUGAGCAGCGCCAGCCUGCGGCGGGUCCACACUACGCCCAACACCAUGACCAACCUGGUUCUUCCCACACCACCAGGACCCAGUGAAUGCCUCAUCUGCUCCGAGCUGGCGCUGCUUGUACUCUUCUGCCCCUGCCAGCACAGCGUGGCCUGUGAAGAGUGUGCCCAUCGAAUGAAGAAAUGCAUCAAAUGCCAAGUCACAAUCACUAAGAAAAUUAGACAAGACCAAACAGAAGUGGACUGCAGCCCCGGCACCGAGAACUCAGAGCAGCACAACCUUCUGGAGCAGCUGCAGUCUCGCUACCGCCAGAUGGAGGAGCGAAUCACCUGCCCCAUCUGCAUCGACAACCACAUCAAGUUGGUCUUCCAGUGCGGACACGCCUCCUGCAUCGACUGCAGCGCGGCGCUCAAGACUUGCCCGAUCUGCCGGCAGACCAUCCGCGAGCGUAUCCAGUUAUUCGUCUGAGCUUCUCUGUCCCCUCAGCUCUGAACGACCCAAAGAGGAUGCCGGAGGGGGCUGGAGAGAAGUGGGGGUGGGAGUGGGCAGCAGUUUUGAAGACCCAUUGACCUAUGUCUGCCUGUUGCACCCUGCUGCUCCUCCUCUCCUGUGAUCAAAUACUCACUCAGCCCAUAGGUUGCUUUAUUAUAAGACGCUGUGUUACAUAGCUGAGAGUUUACUAUUAAAAUUUGAGUAACUUCCCUCUCGAGCAGGAACAAAAUAACAACUUAAACUUAAAGUGAAAUUGUGAGCUGAUAAUUGGUCAAUUUGAAAGAAAAAUGAAAAACUCCUGCCCAGCCUCCUAUAAUCUGUCCUGUUUUUGCUGCUUUAAAUGGAUGUCUGUUACCCAUCAUCCUCUCUGGCUGUCUGGCCUCCUUUACAAGGCUGUGCAGGAUAAGUCCCCGUCUCACCCCUCAGCUUGUCCUGUAAAUUAUGUUUGCUCUCAUUUGUAUCAAUCUCUUUAUAAUCAGUGUUAGUCUCUGCAGAGAGAGUUGCUAUAACUAAAGGCUCUCUAUAUACUCCCCAGCCACUCGCCUGUAUGCAAGGGGAAAUACACACUAUAUAUGCAUGAACAUAUGCAUAGUGUAAAGCUGAAAACGACUGUGUUGUCAUGAGUGAUUUGUCGUUGUUGAUGUUUUAUUUCUCUGGUCACAUUUGUGGUUUUUAAUGUACCCAUAAGUACAGAUUUUUAUUUAUGUGCGAAAGGUGGUAUUACUUAGUAAUGUUCUUUUUCAGUUGAUGUUUGCUUGGCAAAAAUGUUUUUGUUUCUACUGAAAUUCACCCCAAGCCUAUGUCCUCUACUCAGGGUAUCAAAUCAUUGAUAGCACUUGUGAUAUCCAUAAAAGGUUUAAGACCCCUCCCCCGACACACACACAAACACGCACACAGUCGCGCGCACGCACAUACCAUCACAGAGUUAAAUACAUUGGAUCAUUUUAGAGGAGUGUCACUGAAAGAAAAGGUCAUUAAUAACCAUUCAUAAAGUUGUGCAUAAUGACUCUGAAAAUUGCAGAAGAAGCGCUCACUUUAUUAACCUUCAAACUUUCAUUCUCAUUAGUGAAAUGAAUGUUUGCAGAAGAUGUUCUGCAACAAAAAAGGCAUUUCUUUUUCUGAAAAAAUGCAGAAAAGUUCAUAAAGCAUCCUAGAGGUAAGCCUCUCUGUGAUUGGACAGAAAGCAUUGUGUUGUUCAGCCUGUGUGUGUCUGAAGACCGCAGUCUGUCUGUCAUGUGACUGGUGUAAUGACGCCAAUGGGUUUACAGGUUGAAGGAGGAUGCUAAUGUUUUGUUAUUUAUCUACCAGACGUAUUGUAAGAUAUAGACUCGAAAAGGGAAACAACAUGUCGUUGUUGCCCUUUUUGUUCCAUGUCUACCUUUCUUGUCGCAGCAGAAGAAAAACACUCUUUCUCCUCUGGAGUUCUGGAUUGUACAUCGUCUUCAUCCUCUCUAAUGUUUUGGUGUGUUUUCUUGAAGGGCUUAUGCAUAUGAGAAAAAAAAAACGUAUCUAUUUUAAUCUUUAUUUAAUUUUUAUUUUCUACAAACUUCCAGAGACAGGAGUUUUUUUUUUUUGUUUGUUUUUUUUUUUUGUCUUCAUUAGAUCCCAACUUUUGGGAUAUUUAAGAUGUACAUUUGAAUGUUUUGGGGUGGGGGUAUCCUGUCUCACUCUGCCUUUUUUUAUGUAUAAAGAAAAAAAGAAGAAGACGUGACAGACGUGUAUACCCACAAGGUUUACUUUGAGGAAAGAACUUUUACAUCUGUGCCAAAUCGCAUGAGGAUGUGCAUGGGCAUGUACGCCCAAACUUAUCUAAGCGCACUACACUCAACCCCUCCGAGCUCAAGUGAGGGUUCAAUUAUUGCAGCAGUGUGAAGUAAACUAAAAGCAAAGUUAAACUGUUAACAUUUUAUUCAUUUCAAAAUGAGUAGUAUAAUCUCAGCUCACUCAGUUACUGGUGUUACAAGUCGAGCUAAUGGUGUUAGCCUUCUCACUUAAGCUGUCAUGCUCUGAACCUCUUCAUGUUCUCAAUGACAAGUGAUGCAACACUCACUUUGAAAAUGUCAGUCCCAUAUCGUUUGGAGCUUUUUACAAAUAUAUAUUUAUAUUUUGUGAGACGUUGUCAAUCAAGGGACUUGGAGAAAUUUCAACAUUUUAAGGAUUGUGCAUUGGUUCUAAGUUGAUGGGUUUACAGGAAAAGGCAAUAAUGUUUAAGAAAAAUGGGGAAGAUGUUUAAGUUCUCUCUUUUUUCUCCCCCUUUAGGAGGUGGCUGUGAGGACUGGAAACAAUUUAUGUAUAAAAACACUAUCAAAGCAGCAAGUGUUACUGUUGGUGUUUGUACAGUUCAGCUCUUGGAGUUCUGAUGUUGGCCUUACUGUCCGUUCCUCCUCUGUUGAUGUUUUUUUCAGUUGUAUUCUGUACAAAAAUAUUUUGCAAUAAAUAUGGAAGUGUUUUCUAAGGA